UUUUUUUGUUUGUUUGUCAAAUUUUGCUUAAAUUCCAAAUGGGUUUUGCUUAGUUUUGUAGAGCAGAUCUAUUUUUCCAAAAAGAUUGUUUUUUUUUUGGGAGGGGUCAUUUUAUACCGUAAUCUAUUUUUCUUAGAUGAUCAUAUAGUAAACAUUUUUGGGGUGUCAAUUAUUGUAAUUCAGGAAAAAACAAAAAGAACUUCUUAAUAUUAUACAAUGUUCUUUAAUUAUCUCUAUCCCUCUGUGUAUAUAUGGGUGUUUUCUUUGGUAAAUUGUCCAUGUUUGAGCACAACUUGUAGGAAAUUCAGAUAGUUAAUAAAUCUUGGGACCAUGAAGCAAAAUGCUGGCAGACCAGCUUCUCAAUCUGAGAAAAGUUCCAAGAUACUCUCCAUUACAAUAAUGUUUGUUGCGCUAUGUGGGUGUUCGUUCUAUCUUGGUGGAAUCUUCUGCUCGGAGAAAGACAGAUUUCUUGCGGGCGAUGUCACCAAAGCGUUCCAAACCCUAAAACAGUCAGUUUCUGGUGUUGGCCCUCUCCAAAUUAAACCCAUAACCUUUCACGAGUGCAGCGAUGACUAUCAAGACUACACUCCAUGCACAGAUCCAAAGAGAUGGAAGAAGUAUGGUCCUUACCGGCUUACAUUUAUGGAACGCCAUUGCCCUCCGGUGUUCGAAAGAAAAGACUGCUUGGUCCCCCCACCAGAUGGGUACAAGGUGCCAAUCAGAUGGCCAAAGAGCAGGAAUGAAUGUUGGUACAGGAAUGUGCCUUAUGAUUGGAUCAACAAGCAGAAGUCUAAUCAGAACUGGCUUAGGAAAGAAGGGGAGAAGUUUCUUUUCCCUGGUGGGGGUACUAUGUUCCCACGAGGCGUCGGUGCCUAUGUCGAUGUGAUGGAAGAUCUGAUCCCAGAAAUGAAAGAUGGGACAGUUCGAACUGCCAUUGAUACUGGAUGUGGGGUUGCUAGCUGGGGAGGUGAUCUGCUAGAUCGUGGGGUGCUAACAGUCUCUCUUGCCCCUAGAGAUAAUCACGAGGCUCAAGUCCAAUUUGCUCUCGAACGUGGGAUUCCUGCAAUUCUAGGCAUCAUUUCAACACAGCGACUUCCUUUCCCCUCUAACUCUUUUGAUAUGGCUCAUUGCUCAAGAUGCCUUAUUCCAUGGACUGAAUUUGGUGGAGUCUAUCUUCUAGAAAUACACCGUAUACUCCGUCCUGGAGGCUUCUGGGUUCUUUCUGGUCCUCCAGUGAACUACCAACGUCGUUGGAGAGGAUGGAACACAACUGUGGAAGAGCAGAAACGCGAUUACGAAAAGUUGCAAGAUUUGCUAACUUCUAUGUGCUUCAAUUUAUAUAACCAAAGAGGUGAUAUUGCCGUGUGGCAGAAAACUUCAAAUAACAGCUGCUAUAACAAGCUUGCUAGGUCAGAUGCCUACCCACCCAAGUGCGAUGAUGGCACUGAACCAGAUUCAGCAUGGUACACUCCUAUUCGGCCUUGUGUUGUUGCUCCAAGCCCGAAGUUUAAAAAACUAGGGUUGAAAUCUCUCCCUAAAUGGCCCGAGCGUUUGAGUGUUGCACCUCAACGCAUUUAUAAUGGUCAUGGUGGCAGCACUGGUGCUUUCAAGCAUGAUGAGACUAAGUGGAAGGUGCGCGUGAAGCAUUACAAGAAGUUACUCCCUGUGAUUGGGACAGAUCAGAUAAGAAAUGUGAUGGACAUGAAUACACUUUAUGGAGGUUUUGCUGCGGCUUUGAUCAAUGCUCCCUUGUGGGUUAUGAAUGUGGUCUCUUCUUAUGCUGCCAACACCCUUCCAGUGGUUUAUGACAGGGGCCUUAUUGGAACCUACCAUGACUGGUGUGAGGCUUUCUCAACGUAUCCGAGAACAUAUGAUCUCCUUCACCUUGAUGACUUCUUUACUGCUGAAAGCCACAGAUGUGACAUGAAGUACGUGCUAUUGGAAAUGGAUCGAAUCCUGCGGCCUAAUGGUUAUGCAAUCAUCCGGGAAUCCAGCUAUUUUCUAGAUGCUGUCGCUACAAUUGCCAAGGGGAUGAGAUGGCAAUGCCGUAAAGAAGACACCGAGUAUGGCGUUGAGAAGGAGAAGGUACUGAUUUGCCAGAAGAAACUCUGGUAUUCCUCUAAAAAGAAUUCAAGAUGAAAAGCUCGUAAGUACAAAUUCUGGUGAUAAAUUUCUUGGAGCAUGAGUUAUAUUUAUGAUACCAGACCUAGGAGAGAACUAGUUUGCACACAGCUCACAAAGAGAUGGGUUUAUUCCUAAAAAAAAAAGAUCUUGAAAUUCAAAUUUAUCAAUUGAAGAGUUAGUUACCCAAUAAUCUUAUUUUGUUAAAAUUUAGUGCCUUCUGAUAUUAUAUAUUCUUUGUAAGGCAUCGUUAGGUACUUGGCGUAAUUAGGUACUUGGCUCCCUUUUCCAUUUUCAUUUCUCUUUUCCCUUUUAAUCCCUUAUGCUAGUAAAAUUGGAUGUGAAGUAUGUAUUGUGUUGAAAAGUCACACCAAUUACAACUUGUGAUCUAUAUGUAACUAAUGAAAUAUGCUUCUCUUUUAAGUUGAUAUUCUGCAUUUUUUUUUCCCUCA